AUGAUGUAACAGGAAGCUACUACACUGAAUAUCUUUCAGCCUGACAGCCGUAGUCAUUCACAAGCUGCGCGUCUCGCGCGCUCUUUCAUCUCGAGCUCUGAUAUUGUUACAUUGUUUCAUGCCAUCGUGACGUCGCGAAGCAAAGUAAUGACUGUUUGUGUUUUUAAAUUACAAGACUUGCGCGUUCGUUUUUACCAGAACAUCUCCAGAACACCUUGGAUUUAAUCCACAGAUCGAUCGUGGGUCGUUAGAAAUGCCAGUGAAGAUGACAGCUAGCUGCUGGGUGAUCUGUCUGUUUCUGCUGGGAUCGGUCACAGAGUUCAUUGUUCUAGCCAGUCCUGAGGUAAACGAAAGCCAGCAACAACAUCCUCAAAAUGUGUACCAUGACAUCAGUGUUACCAGGAACAAGAUUGUGACGGCACAGUUUGAGUGCUAUCAGAAGAUUGUGAAGGACAACAGUCAACACAAAAUAGCAGGCCCGGUGUGCAACAGGACCUGGGAUGGAUGGUUGUGUUGGGACGACACAGAGGCCGGCGUCACCUCUGAGCAGCACUGUCCUGACUAUUUCCAGGACUUUGACCCUACAGAAAUGGUAACCAAAACAUGUACAGAAAGUGGGCAGUGGUUCUUGCAUCCUGAGAGUAACCGCACAUGGACAAAUUUCACCAGAUGUAAUUUGCUCACUAAUGAAGGACGCAGGACCGCAAUGAAUUUGUUCUACUUGGCGCUAAUAGGUCAUGGGCUCUCUUUAACCUCUUUGUUCAUCUCGCUAGGCAUAUUCUUUCAUUUCAAGAGUUUGAGCUGCCAGAGAAUUACCCUGCACAAAAACCUUUUCUUGUCCUUUGUAUUAAACUCCAUCAUUACUAUCAUUUGGUUAACAACAGUGGCAAACAACCAAGAAGUGGUUCAGGAAAACCCAAUCAGCUGCAAAGUAUCCCAGUUUAUCCAUCUGUACACCUUUGGAUGCAACUACUUCUGGAUGCUUUGUGAAGGGAUUUACUUGCACACACUCAUUGUUGUGGCAGUUUUUGCUGAAAAACAGCACUUAAUGUGGUACUACCUUCUUGGAUGGGGUUUCCCACUUAUACCUGCUACAAUACAUGCAGUAGCCCGAAGUCAUUACUACAAUGAUAAUUGUUGGAUCAGCUCAAAUACUUCUCUGCUAUAUAUUAUUCAUGGCCCUAUCUGUGCAGCACUGCUGGUGAACUUGUUCUUUUUGCUAAACAUCGUACGAGUCCUCAUCACCAAACUGAAAGUGACGCAUCAAGCAGAGUCUAGUCUGUAUAUGAAAGCUGUCCGUGCCACGCUCAUUCUGGUUCCACUGCUGGGCAUCCAGUACGUUCUCCUCCCAUACACACCUGGGGGGCGCGCUUCUGCUGAAAUCUACGACUACAUCAUGCAUAUCCUAAUGCAUUAUCAGGGACUGUUGGUGGCCACAAUCUUCUGCUUUUUCAACGGAGAGGUCCAAGCGGUUUUGAGAAGGCACUGGAAUCAGUAUCGCAUACAGUUCGGAAGCAACAUCAUACAGUCUGAUGCUCUGAGGUCUGCGUCGUACACGGCGUCCUCCAUUACAGAGGUCCUGGGCUGUUACAGCAUCGACGGCAACACGGAACACUUGAAUGGCAAAAACUGCCAUGACAUUGAUAACAGCACCUUAAAACCAGAGAAUCCCUUUGACUGAUGUCACUGAAUGUGGCAGUAUGCCGCUUUAAAAAAUAAAUAAAUAAACUUGGAUAUAG